UCUAAGUUAUGCGGAACUUGUGCCUCCUCCUCAGCAUGUCUGUGUUGUGGCUUCCUUCUUACUGACGCUCUCUGCAGCAGGGUGACACAGAGACAGCUUCACGGGGCUGACAGUGUGUGUGAGGCGGGAGGACGGGAUGAAAGAAGCGGAGCGCAACAGCUGACACACAACCAGAGAUUAUUAGUAUGAGUUUAUUAUCACAGCGCUGUGUUUAGUCCUUGUUGAUAUUUUUUUUAAAUAUAUCUCGUUUUAUUUUUCGCUUUGACUGCUUUUUUUUUUUUUUUUUUUACUUUGAGAGGUUGAACUCGCUCGAUUAAAACAAAAUGAAGUUUAACGGAUAUCUGAAGCUGCGGAUCGGUGAGGCUGUGGACCUGAAACCCACGACCUUCUCCCUCCGCCACUCCGUCAUCUUCAACAAAGCCCCCCCGGCUCUGGACCCUUACAUCGUAGUGAAAGUGGACGACUACAAAAUUGGGCAAACUCACACCAAACAGAAAACCAACACGCCGACGUACAACGAGGAGUUCUGCCUCAACGUGAGCGACGGGAAACAGAUCGAGAUGGCAGUUUUCCACGACACUCCAAUCGGAUAUGAUGACUUUGUGGCCAACUGCAUUAUGCAGUUUGAGGAGCUCAUCAAAACCUCCAACACAGGAGAGACUUUCGAGGGCUGGAUGGACUUGGAGCCAGAAGGCAAGGUUUAUGUCCAUAUUUCACUCACUGGAUCCUUCACAGACGAUGAUGCCAUACUGAAAGAGAAGACCUACAAGCAGUUUACGAGGAAGCGGCAGGGGGCUGUGAGACGGAGGAUCCACCAGGUCAACGGGCACAAAUUCAUGUCUACUUUCCUCCGUCAACCCACCUUCUGUUUUCACUGCAAAGAGUUCAUCUGGGGUGUCUUUGGAAAGCAGGGCUACCAGUGUCAAGUGUGUACCUGUGUGGUUCACAAGCGAUGCCACCAGCAGGUUGUCACUGUGUGUCCACGCAUGAAGAAGACAACAAAAGAACAGCCCAUAAACCAAGGCUUUAGCAUCAACGUCCCUCACAAGUUCAACAUCCACAACUACAAGUCGCCGACCUUCUGUGACCACUGUGGCUCUCUGCUGUGGGGAAUAGUCAGGCAGGGGCUGCACUGUAAAAUCUGUAAAAUGAACGUUCACAUCCGCUGCAGAGGCAAUGUCGCUCCCAACUGUGGGGUCAACAGUGUUGAACUGGCCAAUAAGCUCGCAGAGAUGGGUCUGCAGGCUGGAGGAAUCGCUAAACGCAACUCAGUGGCCAAAAGUGUAGGUCAGAUGAGGGCGCCCUCUGAAAGGAGGGAAAGUACGGAAAGUCAGCAGCAGACCCCACGCCUGGGCAUCUCGGACUUCACGUUCCUUCAAGUCCUUGGCAAGGGAAGCUUUGGCAAGGUGAUGCUGGCGAAACUAAACAACAAAGAUCGGGUUUUUGCGGUCAAGGUGUUGAAGAAGGACAUCAUUUUGCAGGAUGAUGAUGUGGAGUGCACCAUGACGGAAAAGAGGGUGCUGUCACUGGCCCGCUGUCACCCCUACCUCACACAGUUGUACUGCUGCUUCCAGACACCGGACCGUCUCUUCUUUGUGAUGGAGUUUGUGAAUGGUGGCGAUCUUAUGUUCCACAUCCAGAAGUCCAGGAAGUUUGAAGAGCCAAGAGCACGUUUCUACACAGCAGAGAUAACCUCCGCUCUCAUGUUCCUGCACAACAAAGGCAUCCUCUACAGGGAUUUAAAAUUGGACAAUGUGCUUCUUGACAAAGACGGUCACUGUAAGCUGGCAGACUUCGGCAUGUGCAAAGAGGGGAUAUUUGAAGGUGCAGCCACAGGAACUUUUUGUGGCACCCCAGAUUACAUUGCUCCCGAGAUCCUGCAGGAGAUGCUGUAUGGGCCCUCUGUUGAUUGGUGGGCUCUCGGGGUGCUGCUGUAUGAGAUGCUGUCAGGGCAUGCCCCCUUUGAGGCCGAAAAUGAAGAUGACCUCUUUGAGUCCAUCCUCAAUGAAGAGAUUGUUUAUGCGUCUUGGCUCAGCACAGAGGCAGUAAAUAUACUCAAAGCUUUCUUGACCAAAAACCCGGCCCGACGUCUGGGCUGUGUGGCUGAAGAGGGAGGAGAGAGCGCCGUGACCAGCCAUGCUUUCUUCACUGGCAUCGAUUGGGAGAAGUUGAAUCGUAGAGAAAUGGAGCCCCCCUUCAAGCCCAGGAUCAAAACACCAGAGGACGUCAACAACUUCGACCCAGAUUUUACUCAGGAAGAGCCCACACUCACGCCCAUCGAUGACCCUAUGAUCCCCUCGAUCAACCAGGAGGAGUUUCGUAACUUCUCCUUCACUUCACCUGAACUGCUUGAGAGCUAAAAGCUUCCUCAUUGAUCCACUAGUCAUCCUGCACUUGUCUUCUCAGUGUCUAUGGUUUUGUCUAAGACAGUUCCCAGUGGUACGUACAGUGUGAGGCUGUCACAUUCCCCAGAGACAUGAGGGUGCAAAGUGCCAUGGACUCAGCCAAACACAUGCUCGACAUAAACCGAGGCUGCACCUGAUGAACUCUUAAGCACUCUUGUGAUUCCCGAAAAAGUGGCGUAUGAUCAUCUUUUGAAAUGACAUUUAGUUCUGACUGUGUUAUGGCUUGACUGGGACGCAUUCAUCCAAGUGUGGAAAUUAUGUAUUUGACAUGUUGAUGUGUUGCACACUUGUUUGACAAAAGUGUACAAUGUCAACAUUUUAUUGUAAAUUUGCUCUCCCAUAGGUGGAUGAGUUUUGCUUCCAGUUACUUCAAAUGAAAAAACACUUUUUGGAGCAUAAGGACAUGGUCUAUGUUUCAUUUUUGCUCCAGCAAAGAAUGAAGUCAGGAGUCAGUUUUAACCAGCCGGCCAGAGAUUCCCAGAAAAAUUGAGCUGCCAGUUAAACUCCUGGAAAGACUGAGUGAGGCGAUGAAAUAGUUUUUCAAUGAUGUGACUGACUUAACUCUGGAAAAAAACAAGCAUGCACAGACCCACACACUCUGGCUAAAUGAGAGUUUAAUCCCUCCACUUUCAGUAGAAAGUAUAAAACUUGAAUGAGGCUCGAAAAACAGCACUGCAUCCUGCUCACAGAUAAUAGGAGAUGUGUGUAUUUUUAUUUGACACACCCCGUAACUAAAAUUGGCAUCUGUCUCAGUGACUCUCUGUGUAAUUUGAUCAGAGGCAUGUUGAGGAUGAUGCAACAUUUCAUCUGUUGAUUCACUUAGACUGUGAAAUCUCCAAAUUUUGGUGAUUUCACCAUAUGAUUUCCCUGAUCAGAAGAAGAAUAUGUUGUUUGGCAAUUGGCAGGAUCAAAUGGUCUUCGUCAAGAGUAACAGUAAUCACUCAGUCUGCUGCUCUCUUCUCACACACACUCUCUUUCUCUCAGCAAACACAGGGCCUUUGAAGACUCCCAGGUCCGUGGGCAGACUGACUGGGAAAUGGGAACACUCACAUGGGGGCAUUUUUUAAACUGGCAAAUCUGAGUUGAAUAUUCUCUCUGCUAAACAUGCAGCCACUCUGUAAGGACAUAAAAUGGAAACUAGGAGGAGGUAGAUGGAGAGAGAACUUUAACUUUAACCCUGCAGUACAGUCACAUUGUCCACUCAUCUGGAGGGCACAUUCAGUAGUUGCUUUUGUCAUCA